UAACUCCCAUGAACCAUUGCGAGAAAGAACCCGGAAGUAAACGACCUGGUCCUUGGGUGUCCCGCGAGUUCGACGUCAGUCUGAGUUGUGGAUGUGAAAACUCGAUAACGAGUCGAGACUCAAGUGAGCCACUGUGCAAAUGAAGGUGAUGGAGCGUGUCACAGGUGGAGGAACGCUGCCAGCACUGCUACUAGCGAGCGUGGGGGUUUUACUUCUCUAUCGCGUACUUGGCCGACUUCGAGCUGGUGCAUCGCUCCGGGAUGCAGUGGUGGUCAUCACGGGCGCCACCUCCGGAUUAGGCAAAGAAUGCGCACACGUGUUUCACAGCGCAGGGGCUCGAUUGGUGUUGUGCGGUCGAGAUGCCGGUCGACUGGAGCAGGUGGUGAAGGAGCUGAGUGCAAGCGCAACGGGCGGAAAGCAGCAGAUCUACGUCCCCAGCACCGUGACCUUCGACCUGGCCGACAGGCAUUCGAUAGACAGAGCGGCCGAGGACAUCUUGAAGUGUUACGGACGAGUGGAUGUCCUCAUCAAUAACGCUGGGAUCAGUUACCGUGGCAACAUACUGGACACUCACAUAUCGGUUCAGAGGGAGGUUAUGGAAACAAAUUACUUCGGGCCGAUCGCUCUUACGCAAGCUCUCCUGCCGUCCAUGGUUCGACAGCGCAGCGGCCACAUCGUUGUUGUCAGCAGCGUCCAGGGCAAGAUCGCAAUUCCGUACAGAUCGGCCUACGCCGCGUCCAAACACGCCACGCAGGCCUACUUUGAUUGUUUACGGGCUGAGGUGGAGUGUUACGGGAUUCCAGUGACCGUCAUCAGCCCAGGAUACAUCAGGACAAAUCUGUCCGUCAAUGCCGUCAGGGCCGACGGCUCCAAAUAUGGCGUUGUGGACACGACCACAGCGACGGGUCGGGAUCCCAGAGACGUGGCUCACGCGGUUCUAAAAGCGGUGUGCGACAAGAGCAAAGACGUCGUCUUGGCCGGACUUUCGCCCACAGUGGCCAUUUAUCUCCGCACGCUAUGGCCCGGCCUCUUCUUUAAAAUCAUGUCGUCACGCGCUCGUAAGGAGCUAAAACUGAAAAAUACUUGAGGCCACAGGGACAAAUAUGGACACGGGAUGUUGAUUGUGAAAGAAACCAGAAAAGUAGUGAAUAAGUAAAAGUUGGUUGUUUGUACA